ACAACAUGGCGGACGGGCAGUGUCAAUUUGGGAACGUCGUGAUCAUAACGUAAAAUAAUGGAUUUUGUUGUUUUAGAAUAUGGGUGAAUAUGUGCAAUAAAUUAUUAUACUUUCAUGUGCUAAGUGUUGUGUUUUGAUUGUAUUUGUGUAAUUUAAGUGAAACAAUGGCCUCGGAUAAGAUUAAAGUAGCCGUUCGGGUACGACCCUUUAACAGGCGAGAACUCGAACUCGGCACACAAUGCGUGGUGGACAUGGAACAACAGCAGACGGUGUUGCAGUAUCCACAGGCUCACGACAAAGACAGAAAACAACCAAAGACGUUCGCCUUCGACCACUGUUUCUUCUCGCUUGAUUCUUCGCUUCCCAACUUCGCCUCGCAGAAGACCGUCUUCGAGUGUUUGGGCAGGGACAUCCUCGACAAUGCCUUCGACGGGUACAACGCCUGCAUAUUCGCGUACGGACAGACAGGUUCCGGCAAAUCGUACACGAUGAUGGGCGCCCCGGGAGCUGACGAAGGCGGCAUCAUCCCCCGGUUAUGCGACGCCCUGUUCGAGAGAAUUGCGAGGCAGCAGUCACCGCCAGCGCUCACUUAUAAGGUGGAAGUCUCCUACAUGGAGAUAUACAACGAACGAGUGCACGAUCUCCUCGACCCGGAGACAACGCGCAGAUCUCUGCGCGUGCGCGAGCAUGCCGUGCUCGGGCCCUACGUCGAUGGACUUUCUCAGCUCGCAGUUUCAUCAUUUCAGGACAUCGACAACCUCAUGACCGAAGGAAACAAGUCCCGAACAGUCGCAGCCACAAACAUGAACAGCGAGUCAUCUCGCUCACACGCCGUAUUCAGCGUCGUACUAACUCAGACGUUGUGUGAUGCCGCGACUGGAGUUACGGGGGAAAAAGUCGCACGAUUGUCGCUGGUGGACUUGGCGGGGUCGGAGCGGGCGGUGAAGACGGGAGCGGUUGGCGAUAGGUUGAAGGAAGGAUCUAAUAUUAACAAAUCCCUAACGACGCUCGGCCUGGUCAUAUCGAAGUUAGCGGACCAGUCGUCGGGCAAGCCCAAUAAGGACAAGUUCGUGCCCUACAGAGACUCCGUGCUCACUUGGCUGUUAAAAGAUAAUCUUGGAGGCAACAGCAAAACUGUUAUGGUGGCAACAAUUUCACCAGCAGCAGACAAUUACGAAGAAACAUUAUCGACCCUUCGCUACGCGGACCGAGCGAAGAGGAUCGUCAACCACGCUGUUGUCAACGAAGAUCCUAACGCCAGGAUCAUUAGAGAGCUCAGACAGGAGGUGGAGGCUCUUAAGGAGAUGCUUAAAUAUGCCACGGGUUCGCCGGUGGGUGAGGACGUGCACGAACAGCUGGCGCAGAGCGAACACCUGAUGAAGGAAAUGUCCAGGACAUGGGAGGAGAAGCUAGUUGAAACUGGCCGAGUACAAAGCGAGCGCCAGCACGCCCUGGAGAAGAUGGGUAUCAGUGUGCAGGCGAGUGGCAUUCAAGUGGAAAAGAACAAGUACUAUCUCGUCAACUUGAACGCUGAUCCGUCGCUCAAUGAGCUUCUGGUGUAUUAUCUAAAGGACCGAACAAUGGUCGGCGCCGACAGCUCAGCCGACAUCCAACUCUCCGGCCUCGGCAUCCAGCCCCACCACUGCCAACUGAUCUUAGAGGGGGGAGGCCUUAAUAUGGAACCCGUCGGGGCCGCGCGAUGCUUCGUCAACGGGACCCCUGUGGUUUCUAGAGUGAGAUUAGGACACGCGGAUAGAAUACUGUGGGGGAACCAUCACUUCUUCAGAGUCAACUGUCCAAAGACUACAACGGCGGCCUCCGAACCUCAAACUCCAGCACAGCCUAUCGAUUACAACUUCGCACGGGACGAAAUUAUGCUGAAUGAGCUGAGCAACGACCCCAUACAGACCGCCAUAUCGCGGCUCGAGAAGCAACAUGAGGAGGAUAAACAAGUGGCAUUAGAGAAACAAAGGCAAGAGUACGAGCGACAAUUUCAGCAGCUAAGAAACAUACUGUCCCCGACCACGCCGUACCCACCGUAUUCAUACGAUCCGCUCAAACUUGGCAAAAUGGCGGCCUGCACCCCGACCACGGCCGCGCGCGUGGAGCGCUGGGCCGCGGAGCGCGACGACACGUUCCGGCGCUCGCUCGGCCGCCUCAAGGCGGACAUACUGCGCGCCAACGCGCUCGUGCAGGAGGCCAACUUCCUCGCCGAGGAGAUGAGGAGGAACACGAGGUUUAGUGUCACCCUGCAGAUACCGCCGCAGAACCUGAGUCCUAAUAGAAAGCGCGGCGCAUUCGUCUCAGAACCGGCCAUCAUGGUGAAACGGCCUGGGCGUGGCGGACAGGUGUGGUCCAUGGAGAAGCUGGACAACAAACUGGUGGAUAUGAGGGAAAUGUAUGAUGAGUGGCGGCGACUGCAGAGCGACGGGGAUGAGCCUCCAGCCGAAAAAGCCAUCGACCCAUUCUACGAGUCGCAGGAAAAUCAUAACCUGAUCGGUGUCGCCAACGUGUUUCUGGAGGCGCUGUUCCAUGAUGUCACACUCGACUAUCACACGCCCAUCAUCAGCCAGCAGGGAGAGGUCGCGGGCAGACUGCAGGUGGAAAUCAGCAGAGUAGCGGGACAGUUCCCACAAGACAGAAUAUGCGAGGCAGCUUCAGAUAGUUCGGGAGACAUGAGAGAUGAUGACGACCCCUCGGAUCCUGCCACUCAACAGGUGACAAUCCGCGUAGCCAUCAAGCAGGCGACGGGGCUGCCCCCCUCUCUCUCCCACUUCGUGUUCUGCCAGUACUCGCUCCUCGGCGAGGCGGUGGUGGUGGCGCCGCACGUGGGCGACGCCGCGCCCCUCCCCCUCGCCCCCGCGUCGCCGCGCGCCGCCGCCGCGCCCAACGUGCACUUCGACCACGAGCAAGACCACACGCUGACUUUGACUGAGGAGUUCAUUGAGCAUUGCGCAGAGGGCGCCCUCUCCAUCGAGGUGUGGGGCCACCGCUCGGCCGGCUUCAGCCGCGGCCGCGGCAACUGGGAGGUGGAACAACAACAGCUGGCCAAAGCGCGCUCGUUGGCUGACCGCUGGGCGGAGCUGACGAGGAAGAUAGAGCUCUGGGUCGAGAUACAUGAGCUGAAUGAUCAGGGCGAAUACGCUCCUGUUGAGGUUGUGUCACGACCAGACAUGGUGACCGGUGGCGUAUAUCAACUUCGUCAAGGGCAACAACGUCGACUAGCGGUCAGAGUUAGACCGGCACACAACUCGGGCACGUUGCCUAUCAUCUGUCAGCAUAUCGUCAGCGUUGAAGUGGGCUCCGUCAGUGUCAGGUCCCGUCUUCAAAAGCCGUUGGACUCGUACCAAGAGGAAGACUUGGCCGUGCUCAGAGAGCGGUGGAGCGACGCGCUCGCGAGGCGACGCCAACACUUACACGCGCAGCUACAAAAACUAGUGAACAUGUCGCCUUCAAUGAAGAGCGAACGAGACAUGGAAAGGGAGCAAUCGCUAGUGGAGCAGUGGGUAUCGCUCACUGAGGAGCGAAACGCGGUAUUAGUGCCAAGCCCCGGCAGCCCUAUUCCUGGAGCGCCGGCCGCAUGGAACCCGCCGCCCGGCAUGGAGCAACACAUACCGGUGUUGUUCCUUGACCUCAAUGCUGACGACCUAACAACCCACCCGUCCGGCGAAGAAGUGACUGUGGCCGGUCUCCACUCCAUCCUGCCGAAAGAGCACGGAAACAAGUUCUACGAGCUCCAGAUAUUACAUCACCACGAUAAAGAUGUGUCUGCUAUCGCGUCUUGGGACUCGUCCAUUCACGACUCGCAGUAUCUUAAUAGGAUUACAGAAGCCAACGAGCGCGUGUACCUGAUCCUUAAGACCACCGUCCGCCUCUCGCACCCCGCACCCAUGGACCUCAUCCUGCGCAAGCGGCUGGGACUGAACAUCUACAAGCGACAGAGCCUCACUGACAGGAUACGCAAGAAGAUUGUCAGAGUGGACCAACUAACGCAGACCGGAGUAACUUACGAGGUGGUGUCCAACAUCCCCAAGGCCUCUGAAGAAUUGGAAGACAGGGAGAGCCUCGCUCAGAUCGCUGCCACCGGCGAAGAGGCUAGCGCCGCGGACGGAGAGACUUUCAUAGAGAAAUACACCCGCGGCGUGAGCGCAGUGGAAAGCAUCCUGAGCCUCGACCGGCUCCGGCAGAGCGUCGCCGUCAAAGAGUUGGAGCAGGCCCGCGGCCAGCCUGUCACUAUGCGCAAGACCGCCUCCGUGCCUAACUUCUCACAGCUGACGCAGGCGCUCGACAGCGCGACAAAGAGCGGAGCUAACAUCAUGCGCCUAGACUCGUCGUUCGAGUCGCUGAGCGCGGCGGGCCGCUCGGGCAGCGUGGCGGACCUGGCCGCCGAGCCGCGCCGCGCGCGACACUCCUACGCCGCGCCCGCGCACAAUGACCCCGACAUCACCACGCCUACGAAACCUUUUGGACUCGCUCGGCCAACGUUCCUAAACUUGAAUUUGAACCUGAACUCACUGCGACUGCAGACGCCGAACAAGUCAUCCCCAGCCAGUGGUAAGCUGGGUCUUCGCAUGACGACCCUGCACGAGGAGCCAGGCAGGAGGAAUGAUGAUGAUUCCCAUUCGGAGCCGGAGUCUGCUGCCGACGCACUUACCACGCCAAGGGAACAUAGACAGCGAGCACGGACAUCGCGCGGGUUCCUGCCGACGUCGAAGACGUUGGACUCGCUCCACGAGCUCGCUUGCGAGAGGGUGCCUACUAAGAACUCGCCCUCGAUAUCAUCCAGCGGCUAUGGGUCCCAAGCAGUAUCCUCAACGAAUCUGACGAACGACGACACACUGUCCAUUCGCAGCAUGUCCGUCGACGACACGCCAGACUUCGAUAAGUCGGAGUAUGCACUUAGGACGAAAACUUCCAUGGCUGGGCUGAGGACUGAGAUCACUGAACUACGCAACGAUAUCAGCGAACUGAAGAACGACAUCGUCGAGUCCAAACACGAGCUAGACACGUCGUACGAGAAGAAGACCCCGGUCACGCCCGGCGGCCGGCGGAUCAACCCGUUCAUGAGGGACUGCGAAAACGGGAUGGUGGAUCCAUUGGGCGCGAUCCCUGUUGAGAACUUGAGUGUUGCCAGCCCGCCCGCGGAGCAGAUCGUGAAUGGCGAGCAUGAAAUCUCGGGAGAAGCUGAUGUAGAAUCAGUGAGCUCAGAACAAAGCCACGAAACAGAGCGCAGUCGAGAAGCUUCUUCAGUUGGUGAAAGCGAUUCGACCUCCGGGGACCAGGUCAAAACACAGCUCCCGGCUGGCAAGGUGGUCCGCCGCCGCGCGACCAACUCGUCCCGCAGCGGCGCGCGCGCCUCGCACCCCGGCGGGCGGCCGCGCUCCGCCGUCGAGCCGGGCCAGCAUGUGCACAACCUUAACAAGACGUUACACGACACACCGGCGUCUUCUACUGAGAGGAUUGGAGAUGACGAAUCAUCAGAAACGCUCCUACACACAGCGCCCGAUUGGCUCACAGUAGGCGAGAGCGUUUCCCUGCGCCUGAGCAGCAGCACCGGCGUCGUGGCCUAUGUAGGACCUGCACAUUUUGCUCACGGCCUAUGGGUCGGCCUCGAGUUGGACGCGCCGACUGGCAAAAACGACGGUUCCGUCGGCGGCACCCGUUACUUCCAGUGCCGGCCCCGACACGGCAUCUUCGUGCGCCCUGACAAGCUGGUGCAGGACAGGCGGGGCCGCUCCGCCCGCCAGUAUAGGGACUCCGAGCUCAAGCGGGCCGGCAGCAAAGGAGAAGGCCUACACAACUUACACAGAUCGAGGAGUCGCGGCGAAAGCAUAAACGUCGUGGGCACCAAAACUAGAAGCAAAUAAAUUCACCCUCACGUCCGUAACUCCGUACCAUACCUUGUAGAGUACUACCAAUUUUAUAAGUUACUAUACUGCACGAACUUUAUUUGUGUAGCAGUGUAAAAAUUGACCAAUCACAGCGCGGAAUUAACACGCGAGAAAAGUUCUCAAUCGCUAUUGGUUGUUGCGUGACCGAGGUGUUACGUGAUUGGUUCAGUUUUAAAGAUGGCCGUUGUAACUUAUAUCUAUGGUUAUACUUGGACCGAAUUAUAAAUAUACGUCCACCACCCUGUUUCGUUUUUUUAGCAAAUGGUGCUUUCUAUGUAGUUUUCUGUUGCAUGAUAAAUUAAAAGUUUGAAAUGUUGAUGUUAUCAGAUGUAGGCAUUUAAUUUAUUGUGUGAUAAGUAUAAGCAAUAUUUUAUGCGUUUACGUUGUUCCCUUAUUGAGAAGUUGUUAGGAAAUUUGAUCUUCUCGCAUUUAUUGACUAGAUUAAUAAGAUGACGUAGAAGAUCUUUUGAGAUUUCCAUAUAUCGCAAUUUUAUAGUAUUUGACAUUACGAAUUUUCUGUGAACGAAAUAUUUAUUUAUUUUACAUUUUUUGACACAAUCGCAAUCCUAAUUGACUAUGUUGUAAAUAUAAUUGGACAUUUUAAAUAUGUGAUUUAAUUUAAUUCUUUUUAGAUGUAAAUAUGUGAAUUUUGUGUGUAUUAUUAAUUUAGAACCAAUGAAAUUUUUGUGAUCAGUGAUAAUCAAUGGUUUUGUAUAGAUUUUUUUACUGUAUAGUUUGUGGUAUAGAUGUUAUUGUAAUUUAUUUAUGUAUCAGUUUAUGUUGUCUAUGGAUGCACAGUUUUAUAUUCUGCACAUGGAAUAUAAUGUCUGUGGUUACUUAAAACGCUUUUACUAAAAAUUAACAAAACUCGCUCAGUUACGUGUUUUUGAACACAAAAGCACAUUAAAAUGUGAUAGUAUCUUGCCACACGAAAAUACACUAUAUUGCCUAGCAAUUGAUUCCUAUUUCGUUUGACACUCGCUUUAGUUGUCCCUAUGGCAAAGAUAGAAACGUCCAAAUAACGUCUAAAACUUCGUCCUUGUAAAAGACUUGUACUUAACUGGUUUUGUGACGUGUAUAAACGCCCAUUAUUUUUGGAGAAAGCGAUCGGGUUUAGUCUUAUAUAAUCGUUUGCGAAAUUAAAUGUGCCACAUUAUUUUUGACUAUAUUUACAGUGGUUUUAAAAAACCGUUCGUGUUUCUUGCAACAAAAAUGGGUGGUAAGAUAAUAUGUAGUCAUAUCGACUUCAAAUAAAUUAUGUCACAAAAAACUGUCCUAAAAUUUAAUAUCUCCAUCCACAUUCGAACAAUAAUCGAUGGUAGAUUAAACAUGUUUUAAUUCCAAAUGUAGAAAACGGUGCGGUCGGAUUUUGUUUAAGAGUCACACAAACCCCGCCGCCAUACAAACGAAGUUAGGCCCUCAUUUUAGAACGACAUUCUAAAAUAACAUGAAAUUUGACAUAAACAUUCAAGUAAUAUAUAUAAUAUAUAUCUACUAGCGAUCCGCCCCGGCUUCGCACUGGUUAAUAUAA